UUAUGAACUUUUAAAAGUCAAAGGUAAUAAUUUCAUAAAUCUGUAAUAAGAUAAUAGGAAAAUUCUUGACUGCAGUUCAAUAUAAAUAAACAGAGCACCACUGCUUCACAAUCAUAAUAUAUACACAUAUAUCAAAUAAUUGCCAAUGAAAGCCCUCAAACAAAACAUGUUUGUUAUAUCUGCACCACAAAUAUUGCUUCUCAUGAUGCUCGUCGCAUCAUCAGAAGCAGUAUUCGAGAAAAUACACGUCACGGUAGGUAACGACAUUCCAGGCGAAACUAUCAACAUCCACUGCUAUUCGACGGAAGACAAUCUCGGAUCGCACGACCUCGCCUACGGCGCAAAUUUCUCUUGGGACUUCCGCGUCAACGUUUGGGGUAGUACCAAGUUUUGGUGCGACAUUACUACAAAACAUGGGUCCGGGAAUUACGGCGUCUACACUAAGCAUGUGGCGGUUUAUUGCAACGGGGUGUUUCAAUGGUUAGUGAAGGAAAAGGGACCGUGCCUAAUUAUGACCGAACUCGGUAAUAAUCUAUAUUGCCAAGACUGGAAGAACCCGCCGAGUCUUCUCUAAUCAUUUCGUGCCGUAAAUUAAACCGAGUAAUAAUGAUAUGAUAUGAAGAGAUAUGUAUUUACAUUAUAUAAUUUAUAUUUAUAUAAACAAAUUUAUCAAUUCAAUUCAAGCUUUGAGAGAUGUAGUAAGUGUAUUGAUUAAUUAAAUCAUAUUGUAAGAUGGUUAAUAUUAUUAAUUAAUGUU